AUGACAGACAUAUCAAACAAUGGUACAACGCUUUUUAGCUAUAAUAUAUCUGUACCGGUUCAUGGCAAUAUGAAUGAAAUGGUAUUCCACAAAUCAGAACCCGGAUCGGAUAAUUAUAAUGGAACCGCUCGAUCAGUCGGAGUAUCGCCAAAUGCUGAAUUAGGUGCAGUUACCUCUGUCGAUGAGUUGAUUCAUGGCUAUAAUGGCAGUACUGCAGCGAUGUAUAAGGCUAUGAACGAUACCAUCGAAUCAACCAUUUCAGAUCACAGCAAUAUGUACAAGGCAAGCCAUUCCUCGUUUAAUAAUGUAAGAAAUAUAUCAAAUAGUACUGUUGCUGAUUCAGGUGCUACCAGCUCAUCUAUGUAUGACAUUGGCAUGACAUUUCUUGCUAUUAGUGGAUUUAUCCUUUUUGGACUUCUUGUGAUUUUGUGUCACUGGUAUAACAAGCGAUGGAGAGAACAAGAGUAUUGCCUCAAUAAUUCUCAGGUUGGAAAAAUAGGCCAUGGUGAGGCGCAUUCAAUUAGGAUUGAUAAUGAUCACUUUACACUUGAAAAUAAGAAAGAAAAAAUGAAUGACAGUUUAUCCACUGAUCGACCGGUCAGUCGACAUACCUCCAUGUGA